AUGUUUCCAGAAGGAUCCAAACUUAAAACAAUCAACGAUUAUGCAUUUGCACAAUGCAAAAAGCUAUCAUCUGUUGACUUUUCCAACUGUAACUAUUUAACAAGUAUUGGAAUCAAAGCAUUUUAUGAAUGUAGCAUUCUAUCCAAUGUUGUACUUCCUACAAACUUAGAAAUAAUUUCAAGUAAUUGUUUUGGAUAUUGUGAUAUUAGAUCAAUAAAUAUUCCAGAUAACGUCAAAGAAUCGAAGAUUGGUUGUUUCCUGUAUAAUUUUAAUCUAUUUAAAGUAACAAUAACAGAUAAUUCAAUGUUGACAAGAAUUGAACCAUAUUCCAUGAGUGGAUCUAUUAUUGAAACAAUAUUUUUUCCAAAAACACUUUCUGAUUUUGCAGCAAAUGCAUUGGAAAUUUUCACACUUAAAACAAUAUAUAUGAAUCCAUCAAAUCCGACAUAUUCUGUAUUGGAUUGCGUCUUAUAUAAUCAUGAAAAGACAAUGCUUGUUCGAUUUCCUGGAGGCCACAGUAAAUAUUUUGAAAUUCCAGAUACAGUGACAACAAUUGAAUAUUGUGCUUUCAUUUCAUCUUUGGUUGAAGAAAUUAAAUUUUCUCCAAAUAUAAAUUCAAUAUGGGGAUGGGCUUUUUGUUCUACAAAUUUGAAAACAUUAACGAUACCUGAUUCUGUUAAAAACAUUGGUGAUGGAGCUUUUUCUACUUGUAGAUAUUUAACUGAAGUGAUAUUUGGUUCAGGUUUGACAUAUAUACCUGGUAAUUGUUUUAAAGAAACAAAUUUGUCAAAAGUAAUAAUUCCUAAGAAUAUUACAUUAAUUGGAGAUUAUGCGUUUUCCGAUUGUCCAAAUCUGAAAGAAGUUGUAUUACCUUCGACAAUAACAAAUCUUGGAGGUUCGUGUUUCCCAACAAAUGUAAAUAUUUCUUUCCCGAGUGAUGCGAAACUAUCUCUUGAUGAUCAGCAAAUUCUUUACGAUCUCGACAAAAUUGUUUUAAUCAUGUGUCUUAAGAAGAGUUCAUCAUACAUCAUUCCAGAAACAGUUUCUACUAUCAGAGCAUCCGCAUUCAAAGACAUGACAGACCUAACUAAGAUUGAAUUUCGCUCAGGCACAACACUGAAAACUAUCGAGUCCAAUGCAUUCUUCGGCUGCAUUAAACUAUCAUCAAUUGAGAUUCCUAACUCAGUUACAUCAUUCGGUGAGAAAUCAUUCUAUCACUGUGUCCAGAUCAAGUCAGUCUUCUUCGGCAGCAAACUAACUAAGAUAUCAACACGAUGUUUUGAAGGUUGUACAUCUCUUGACACAGUCAGCUUCAGUCAAUGUAACAGUCCUUGCACUAUCGACUCAUAUGCAUUCAGUGGAUGCACAUCUCUGAGAACACUCACACUUAGUGAAAAUAUUUCUAGCAUCGACAUGUACUGCUUCAGCAACUGUGCAUCUCUUGAAAGAGUCAACAUUCCAUCGACACUGAAAUACAUUGGUAUAUACGCAUUCUCUAACAGUAUCAUCACACAAGUCACAUUUUCAUCACCAAGCCAAAUGGUCAAUCUUAGCAAGUACUCAUUCAGUCAGUGCAUACAUCUUCGUGAUAUUGUUGGCAUCCCAGAAACUAUCGAGAACAUCGAAUCUAACUGCUUCGAGUCAACACAGAUCACAUCAUUUGAUGUUCCUAUCUCAACUACAUCCAUCGGCAACUAUGCAUUCCGAGGGUGCUCCGAGAUGACGGUCUUCAGAAUUCCAUCACGCUGCUUGCUUCAAACUAUCGGUAACUACAUCUUCGACGGCUGCGUCUCUCUGAGCAAGAUCGAAUGUCCAGACAGUGACUUCUUCGUCAUCGACAACGGUGCUCUGUUCAACAAGAACAGGAGCAACUUGAUCUGCUUCCCACCUGCAUCUUCAAUCACGUUCUUCUGUUUCUCACAGAACGUGCGGAGUGUCUCAUCUAGUGCAUUCUACGGCUGCAAGAGCCUUGUUGGCAUCAUGAUCCCAGAUGACUCUAUCACUACCAUUGGUCACUCAGCGUUUGCAUACUGCACAUCUCUCAAGUACAUCAACAUCCCUCUUUGUGUCAAGAGCAUCGACCAGAAUGUUUUCACAGGGUGCAACAGCCUUCACUGCGGUGUUGUUGUCCAGAACACUAGUAUUUCAUUCCGCUACUCUCUCGUCACGAACAGCGGUCUUAGUCUCACAUCGAUGAAAGACUGUGGUCUUAUCACAUGCAAACAUGUGAAUUACCAAACACCUGUUUCGAAUUCUUAUCUAUAUGUAUUUAUUUUAAUGUAA